UUUUAUUUAAAUAUUUAAUUAAGUAAUAAAACAAUAAACAUAUAUUCUUUAGGAAAUCCCGUCUUUGCAAAUGGCCUAAUGGAAAAGUUUACAUUGAUUCAAUUAUUGGUUUCAUGAAAUAUCACUAUUGUAAAAAUUAUAUAAAUAUUACAAUACUGAUAAGUUUACUGUAUUAAUUAUUUAUCAUAGUAACAUGUUGUGAUAAUAAUGGCACAUCUAUUUGGCCGUGCCUUGAUUUAAACAGUGUCAAAUAUGUUUUACGUUUUAUAUAAUGAGUAAUGUUUGCUGCAAAGAGUUACAAGGGUGGUGCAAAUCAUUUACUAAAACUGAAAUUUUCUUGUGUGUGUUACAAGCAAUUUUUUUCGUUGUUUUCGUGGCAUCCCUUACAUUUCUUAUUCUACACCUAGUUGUAUGUUCAAGAAGUAAACAGAAAAAUGAAAUUCUACAUCCAAGUCGAACCGAAACAAAUAAUACUGAUAAAAAUAAAGAAUAUGAAUACAGUACAGAUUCUAUUAAAGAUUUUAUUGGUAUUGGUACAACAUCUGAUCAGAAAUAUGAGUUUACUCAAACAAUCCAAACUAACAACUCUGACAUUGCAGAAGUAAAUAAAAGUCUGUUGAAAGUAACAACUGCAGUAGAUAAAGGAGUCACAUGUACCUGGAAACCAUCUCUACAAACAAAAGCUCCAACUCACUAUUAUGAAUACCAUAGUAAUAUGACAACAAGUGUAGUAGAAAACCAGAACAAACAAAUGACAGAAGUAAAUAUCAAUGGAAUUAACAGCAUUGAUUUUGAGAACGAAGCUGGACUUGAGGAUAAUAAGUUACAAGAAGAUUUACCAGAUGGCGCAGAAAUAAAUGUUACACGUCAAUAUUUUAUUAUAGCUCUAGUGAAAAUUAAACCUCGAGCCAUAACUUUCGGUUGUACGUUGACCAUAGUUAGUGAGUAUUGGACAAUAACUGUUGCUAGCUGUAUAGAAGCCAUAGAGGAAGGUGAUUCCUUGGAUUCCUUUGUCAUGAUGCGAGGGUUUAAAGAGCAAGAUCAAAAUAUUUACCCCGUAGCGGAAGUCAUGAUUCAUCCACAAUACCAAGGGGUUAAUGUAACAUUCGACUUGGCUGCUCUGAAGUCGGAGGGUAGACUCGUCAAAGAGGGAAAUUUGGUUUUGAAAUUACCUUCAUUAGUAGAUAAUUUUUUAGAAUAUUUUUUAAUUACUAUUGGAGAGGCGCUUACUGUUUUUGGAUACGGGAGGUUCGGAAACAUCGACGAGGAUCAUAUCGCUCGGAGCGUGCGUGCGGUGACGGUGCACUGCAUGCCGCUGUCGGAAUGCGAGCGCGGGGCGGGCUCGGGGGCGGAGCGCGGGGCGGGCUCGUGGGGGUGGGGGUGGUGCGCCGGGGCUCUGCGCGCGCGCACCGCUCCCUGCAGCUACCGCGCCGGCGCGCCGCUCGUGCGCCGCGGCGUGCUGCUCGGGCUGAUGGCGGACAGCCGGCGCCGCGGCGGGGCGUGCGAGCCGGCGCUCUUCGUCAACUUGGCGCGCGGCGCGGACUGGCUGCCAUCUGUACUAGCUAGUUAAACCGUGUCCCACCAAUAAAAUCUGCAUUGAACAAUUCGUUUUCUCUUUAUCACUUUUGAUGCAAUCUAAUUAAAUCCCGAUGCUGUGUACAUGUCUACUUAUAACGAAGAGGUAAAUUAUAUCUACGGCUUUAGAAUCGUCACUACUUAUCUUCGCAAGCUUAGCAAUUCGUCAGUACUUAUCCAAAAUUGGAAUAUUUGUUAUUUAUUGUGUGUACAAAUAAAUUACAAAGAUCCAUU